AUUCUCGACUGAAAACCAUGGACCCGCCGUUCUCUACAGACACCACUCUUCGGAGCUGGCCAGACACCACUCUUCGGAGCUGGCCAGUGGCAGAGGAUGAGCUCCCAGUCGCUUUCGAAUGCAACAAUCAAUUGAGAAGCCCCGAAUCCGACAUUCAAACAUUUCUGGCCGUCGACUUGCAGACGCCAAGACUCAACAGCCUCCGUCAAUACUUGUGGCUAGCAGGACUCAUGCAGCCCGCCCGCUCACUUCACAGGCAACAGCUGUUAGGAAGGGUUAUAUGCAUUACAGAGAGGCCCCAAGAACACCUCGUCUGGCAUGAGAACUCAAUGUUUAUAAAGCCACUACCUGAGUACCUCCUGAGCUUCAAAUUCUGGUCGAUCAACAUCUGCCCACACGAAGCAUUAUAUCGCAGUGCUCUCGGGCUUCUGUGGUCGUACACAUGGCUUAUCCGCUCUAAAUCCGAUCUCAAGAUUGCCCAUGAGACCGGCUUGUUGCCUGCCGCCGUCGACUGGCCCAUCUGGACCCUCCUAACACAACAAAUUCUGAAAGAGAACCACGAGCAGCUAUGGCGCGACAUCGACCAGCGCUAUACGUACGGCGAGCUCCGCCUCUCCCGUCUCAACACCCUCGCUCGUCUCGGUUUCGCCGGCUUCUCGCUGCGAAACGCGGUCCGCGGCUAUAUGACGGGCUCCCAGAGAUACACGACGCUGUUUGAGCGCAACUUCGGUUGGCUGCUCGCCGUGUUCGUUUAUAUCACAGUAGUGCUCUCGGCGAUGCAGGUCGCGCUCGCGACUGGCCGCUUUGAGAACGAUCUGCAGUUCCAAAAAGCUUGCUACGUAUUCGCGAUAGCUUCCAUAGUGCUCGUCCUGGCGGCGAUUGCGCUCAUGGUACUGGACUGGUUUGGGCUCUUUUGGUUUCAUAAGUCACGGUAA